AUGCUUUAUUGUGAAGUCAAUUUCUUGCCUUAUUCUAAUAAUAGACAACCCGAUAAUAAUGAGUUUAAAGGGGAUCAAGCAACUUCUAAUAAUACCUCACAAAAAUUACUUAAUAAUAUGCUUGAACAAGGAACACUUUCUGAUUGUUUAAUUAAAAUCGGAAAGGAAACCAUAAACGUUCAUCGGUGUAUUUUGGCACAAAAUAGUAAAGUAUUCCUUAGAAUGUUUGAACAAAAGGAUAUGACUGAAGCACAAAAUGGGGAAAUAAGAAUUGUCGAUUCUUCUCCAGAAUGUUUUCGCGCUAUGAUUGAAUAUUUCUAUAAUGGUGAAAUUGCUGAAAAUAUUUUUGAGAAACUUGUUGAUGAUUUAUUUGUUAUUUCUCACAAAUAUGAGGUUUUAAAAUUGAUGGAUAAAUGUGAAAAUUUUAUGGCAUUAAAUAUUGAUAAUGGUAAUUUUAGCAAACGUUGCCAAUAUGCCGAAUUGUAUAAUCUUUCGUUACUCAAAAAUGCGUGUAUUAAAUACAUUUCUGUUAAGCGAGACAGCUUUUUAGUUAGUAAUGAAUGGAAGGAAUUUAAAGAAAAUAAUAGUGCAAUGGCUGUUAACUUGCUUGAAUCGGCUCUAAAACAAAAGUUUUUUUGAAUCGUUUUAAAAAAUUCCAAAUUCUUAAGCUUUUCUACAGUUGAAUCCUGCUAAUACGUGCUCGAUAAAUAUCUGGCUUGCCCUUUCCUUAUCCGUAAAGGCGUUCGCAAUAUGUCUUAUUUGCUGCCUUCUACUCCUUUGGACUCUUUCCCUUAGUUUUCCUGAGGUUAUUAAGUGACUGGCACUAAACAUUUAACACGACUGACAACACGCCAAUUCCGUUCAUAUGUCGGCACGCUUCGUAUUAGCAGGAUUCGACUAAUUGCGAUUUAUUUCUUUCAUUUUAUAG